AUGAAGUUCUCGCUCUCCAUCGUCAGCCUUGCCCUGGCCCUCACUGCCUCUGCAGCUCCUGUCGAGGAGGAACACACCGAGAGAGCUGCUAAAGUCUCCGGCUCCGGCACCAACGGCUCCAUUUUCAUGUUCGGAUCUGCCUCCAACUGUCGGAAUAUCUUCUGGCAAUACGGCGCCUGCGGUCUCAGCACCUACUUUGCCAACAAGGUCCCUUCUAACCUGCCUCUGGUUGCGCUCCCUUCAGGAGUCUUUGACCGCUAUGGCGAGGCUCAGGACAACAGCCUGUGCGCCAAGGUCAUCACCAUGACACACAACGGCGUCUCCCGCCAGGCUGUCGUUGCGGAUGAGAACACCAGCAGCGAGCAGUCCAUCGAUAUGUGCCUCGACCUGUGGCAGGCUUUCGGUGGCCAUGAUAACGAUGGAACCCUCAUCAAGAACUUCAGCUGGUCAAUUGCAGCAUAA